GCAAGCCACAGCAAACAGCAGAGUGGAUGAAUCAGCGACGAGCGACAAGAAACUCUCGCGCGAGGACGUAAACACACGAGGAGAGCAGAGAACGAAGAAGUUUAUUCAACAUGGCCAGCGCGAGACAGACUGGUUGUUUUAGCGACUCAUGUUUUUGGUCAUUUAAAACUGAAUUUAUUUAUUUAUUGUCAUCAUCAUCUGUAUCACUGACAGUUACAAAAUGUGAUAUGAUUAACCCGAGAGAGAAAGAACCGAUGAAAGACACGGCCGUUUUACUGGAUUUUGACUGAUUUUGCAAGGCCCACAGAAAAUUCUGUUCUAUUACUAUAUAAACAUGGAACCCACCAAAAGAAAGACUCUCUUCUUUCAACAGGAAAAAAAGUUCAUAUUUUUUUCCAUUCUUUAGAAAUCAGCAUUAGAAAAUAUCUUAGUUCUAGCAAUUUUUUUUGUGAAAGCGUACAUUUCAAACAUAACUUUAACACAGCUAUUUUUUGCUUUAGUUACAUCCCAAACAUCUGAAUAAUGUUUUCCUUUUACAAAAUAACAUAAACAACAAGACAAAUAGAGCUUUUGAUAGCAAAGUAACAAUUUAUUUACAAUUUAUUUGUUGUGGCCGCGACAGCCGGGUUAAUUUUUCCCUCAUUGCUGCCUGUUUCAUAAAGAUGGAUUUUUUUUUUUGUCUCUGCGGAGCCUGCUUGCCGAGCAGCACGGACUCAACAACAUCGUCCACUGCACUGGUGGUCCCGGUCGUUCUGCUCGGUUGUCCAGCGCCUGGCAUCCCGGGCGUCCUCGCGGUUGUUCUGCUCGGUCGUCCGCCGCCUGGCAUCCUUCCGCCGGCGCCCCGGCUGUGCUGCCCGGCCGUUCGUUACCGUUGAAUCGGGUCUUACCAAAUGUGCUACUGCCCUCCAGUGGCCAGUUUUAUUACUUUAAAAUGGAUUUUCAGCUUUGUGCUUUGGAGCGCAGUUGAAUCCGAACCCGGAGAUCUCUUGUGAAAAAAAAACAUAAAAGACGUAUAAAUUAGGGCUGUCAAACGAUUAAAAUUUUUAAUCAAGUUAAUUACAGCUUAAAAAUUAAUUGUAAUUAAUCGCAAUUAAUCACAAUUCAAACCAUCUAUAAAAUAUGCCAUAUUUUUCUGUAAAUUAUUGUUGGAAUGGAAAGAUAAGACACAAGAUGGAUAUAUACAUUCAACAUACGGUACAUAAGGACUGUAUUUGUUUAUUAUAACAAUAAAUCAACAAGAUGGCAUUAACAUUAUUAACAUUCUGUUAAAGCAUCCAUGGAUAGAAAGACUUGUAGUUCUUAAAAGAUAAAUGUUAGUACAAGUUAUAGAAAUUAUAUAUUAAAACCCCUCUUAAUGUUUUCGUUUUAAUAAAAUUUGUAAAAUUUUCAAUCAAAAAAUAAACUAGUAGCCAACCAUUGUUGAUGUCAAUAAUUACUUACACAAUGCUCACGGGUGCUGAAGCCUAUAAAAUCAGUCGCACCCAAGCGCCAGCAGAGGGCGGCAAAACUCCAUAAAACACAAUUAACAAGUGGGCAUUUCACUGUACUGUCAUUUAAAUCUGAGCGGGGCAUGUGCGUUAAUUGCGUCAAAUAUUUUAACGUGAUUAAUUUUAAAAAUUAAUUAUCGCCCGUUAACGUGAUAAUUUUGACAGCCCUAGUAUAAACACAUCUUUGGGACACUGAAACAAUUAAAAAUAGAACAUAUUCAUACGUUUUUGGGAGCAAAUGAUCCUAAUGUGAUGUAAAGCACUUUGAAUUGCCUUGUGUUGAAUUGUGCAAUAUAAAUAUACCUUGCCUUGCCUUGCCUAUAUAAUGCUAAUGUUUACCAGAUAGUUUCUAGUGCGCGCUAGUAACUAUCUGGUGCGCCGCCCACCGGUGGCAGCAAUGUGUCAAAACAGAAAGAUCACGUGCGACAUCAGCUGCAUCCAGAGGUGCUGAAAAAGAAGCAGGAGCAACAGCGAAGUUGUCGCCGGCCACAGAAGGGGCAGCGCCGGAGCCAGGGCGAGAGCGAAUCUGUUGCCCUCGGGAGGCGUCGGAGCCAGGGCGAGAGCAAAGUCGUCGCCUUCGGGUGGCACCCGCCUGUAGAAGGGGUGGCGCCGGAGCCAGGGCAGGAGCAAAGUCUGGCUGGCACCCGCCAGGCCAUGACUGGUGUUGGACUGUGGCUUGGCGUGCUGGUAGCAACCACUUAUGUCCUCACAGCAGUUUCAGCGGAGAAAGUCACAACCUGUGAUUCCGACCGUUUGAACGUUCAUCGCCUACAGUGUGAGCAAGGAGUAAUCAACGUACGGCGGGCUUUCUACGGCCGCUCAAACUCGGCGGUGUGCGCUGAAGGCCGACCUCCACAGCAAGUGGAAAACACGCGUUGCUCUCGCCGAGGCACAGUUAACACCCUGAGAAGAAGAUGCAAUGGCAAAAAGACGUGUGUGGUAAACACAGAUUUUUUUCGCAAUCCCGAUCCCUGUGUUGGCACCUUUAAAUAUUUGCAGACCACCUUCACCUGCUUGCCCGCAACUACCGUGGUAGCAUGCGAGGAGACUUUGGCGCAUUUGUCUUGUGGUUCUGGGAAAGUUAUCUUCGUCUAUGGUGCCGACUACGGACGUCGCGACCGGACCACGUGUACCUUCAGAAGGCCUGCGAGACAGAUACGAAAUGUCGAAUGCCUACGUCCGACUAAAAUUGUCCAAAACAGGUGUAAUGGGCAAAACAGCUGUACCAUUCGUGCAAGCAACAAUGUGUUUGGAGACCCCUGUGGAGGCACCUACAAGUACUUGGAGGUUGCUUACACGUGUCGAUGUAAGAUGUUUUUUGCCUAUUUAACAUUUCAAGCUCAUUUUUAAUGUUAGGGAAGAAUACAGUGUUAUUAGAGGAGUACCUCGGGAUCAGAGGUUGCGCUAGACUUUUUCGUUGUCUGUCAUUUUGACUGACAGGGUCAUAAAAAUCCGGUCAUAAUCUAUUUUUACCCGUCACUUAAAUGUUUAAAAUGAUAAUAAUGACAUAUUCAAUAAUAUUUAGUUUUCAUUCAUCUUUAAUUAAUAUUCUGUCCAAACAAGCUGAACAGAGAAUCCACACCGC